ACUGCACAUUGUGUAGCCUGGAGAAUGACAACGAACCCUUCUCACAUCCUCAUAGCUCGAAACUCCAGAGGACCCAACAAUCCCUCUGCCUCUCUCAGUUCACCCACGGAAACCCAUGCUGCAGCUGCAGGCAUCUUCAGGUCCUCGGGUUCACCUCCAUGGCUGCUCGAGGAAUGCGAGACAGAUGACAUUGUGUCUGAACUAAGCCUUUAUGACGACGACGAAGCCAUUGAUAUCGAAGAUAGCUUUACGAAAAACAGCCGAUUUCCUGGCACAGUCAAAAUCAUCGUGGAGAGUACUACUUUCUGGGCUCACAAAGAAGUACUUUUCUUUGCAUCCCCAUUUUUCGAGGCCGCUCUUAGUGGCAGUUGGUUAGAAACUGGACGCCCACCGUCCAUGUCCUCCGUGAUCACGAUAUCACAGCCCCCGUCUAUUCCAGGUGACAAAAGGAUCAACGAGGUCGCGACUGAAAUGACGUUUGCACCUGUGGACCCAGAUGAGCUAGACUCACCAAUGGACUUGGAAAAACUAAUGAAAUCAGAGAGUGACGCCAGCGAUGCUGAGGACAAUGAACCCAUCACAGAGCGAGACGAAGACAAGGUUCAUGCUAGGAACAGUAGUCUAGCGAAGCUCCAGGGUGCCGAUAGGACAAAGUCAGAUAAAGGAAAGCAAAAACGUUCGUCCUUGGACGAAAAUAUAUCUGCCAAAAAGACCCUAAAGUCUAAUGCCAAGAGACGUGGCAAACCUACGGGACAUGACGCCGUGAUUGUGCUGAAGGAAGAAAGAGCAAGCACAUUUCAUGACUUUCUCAAAUUUGUAUACCCUCACUUGGAGUGCACCAUCACCUGGAACAACGUGGAAGGUCUCAUGAAUAUAUCCCAUAAGCUCUGUGUACCCACCCUGCAGCGCGAAUGUCUUACUUUUCUCCUCACUCACGCGGCCGGUAAACCAAUCAAGGCCAUGAGAAUUGCAGAGCUCUUCGAAGAAGAAGAGCUCUACCGCGAAUCUAGUCGAUUCGUGCUUGAUAAUCCUGGUGGAUGGUCCGAACAUGAAUUAAGCACACUCAGUCAGGAUACUUUAUUAAAGCUUGAGAAACGUCGCAACUGGUUUCUGGAACGUGUUCUCAAACUCGGUCUUACUCCCCUUGCUAAGGAAUAUCAAUGUUGCUCCACUUGUCCGGAUCCAGGGUACUGUGCACGUCAACUAGAGGAGAAAUGGAGACAGGCUUAUAAUGCCGUGUUUCGGUUUGGUCCAUGUCAACCUUCUAUGGUAUACCGCUACCUGCGAAACUUGGAAGGCAUUAACCCUCCACUUUCCCUCACAUAUCUUACCUGUCAGACGACAGCCAAGGCAUUCACUGCUACACUUUUUGACAGAAUGUUUUCGCUGGGUGUCCGUAGUGGAGCUGACAUGACACCUUUAGGCGCUCGCGUCGCAGCAGUUGCAGGUGCUGUAGCUGGUCCGCGCAGACAUUUUUUAUUCUGCACCUUGAAGCCUGAAAAGCCUGUUCCUCGUCCCCGACGAUCACGGGAACUCCUGUAGCAUUGACCAUGCAAUACCAUCACAGUAUCCUACUAUGUACAAUCUUUGAUAUUAACGUCUUACCGCGUAUUGCUUCCAUUCGACGCCUAGUAUGUAUUUCCAAUCUAUGUAAUUCUACAUAUUCGUACUUCCAUCUGGUAUCUGGUAUAUACAGAUGCAAAACGAUGAAGGUGCAUAGCGUCACAAGGAUGACUACCAAACAAAUGAAUAAAAUCGACAGUCAUAGAAAAAAAUCGAUUAUAAUAAGUGAGAUACACCACGCUCAAAGAUGAAUGAAUGACGAUGACGAUGAUCAACUAAUCGCGAUGACCUCUGAAGUCAAAAAGCGAAAAUGGGGGUAAAAGGAUAAUGCUGAGAAACAUACGCAAAACGGGAAGGAGUUACGAUAGAGAUAAAAAGAGUCCAUUAAGUUGUAGGCUGGAAAAUUGACGGCGCAUUGUCGACGAGCCAUUCUAUCGAAAGGGCUUUACCAGCCAUAUCACUAAAUUCUGAACCUGGGUC